AUGCUACCCAUUUCAAUCUGCAUCGCCAUCAAAACGCAGCCCCUGAGGGUCAAGCCCGAAACGACGAACGCCAGGGCGGUAGAGCGGCAGUCCAAGGAGCAAUCGAAGGACCGGCUCAGCUUCGACCUGAAGUGUCGUUAUUACGCGACCCGAGAGGAUAUUCCUCAAUGCCUCAUAUCAUUGUGGAAGUACCUGCUUCUUGACAAGCACAAAAAGCAACUGACAGGAUGGCAUCUGUUUGCGAAAAGGCUGGCGCGUGGGCAAAACACCGAAGACAAGACGACCAAGAUUGUGGUUUUGGAAAUGAGAUUCAUGCAUAAAUGGCUGACGUAUGAUCAAAUGGGCGUUGCAAGACGUGCGUUUCUGGAUACCAUGGUAGUACUCAGAGACAUCAUGUCAGGAUUGGCCAAGGCGAAUACCGAUGAGCGAGGCACUCUCGACUGGGGCAAAGUAUUUUCGUUUGCCUGCCAUCCUCGCAUUGCUGGAGAAUGUACCACACCUUGGGGCAUCGAGCCGGCAGGCUACUACUGCCAUCCCCGUGAGCAAGGCGGGCCAAGUGGCAGUGCCCAGAAGGCAACUCAGGAGCUUCUUCUUAAGUACAUGGAGGUGACUGAUCCCGUUCGUGGAAUGACAUUGGCGACGACCUCGAGUUCCGUCGCCCUUCGAGAGGCUCGCAGGCGAGUCGACCGGAGCGACGACAACACGCAACCUCUCUGGAAUGCCAUUAUGUUUUCUUCGGUUCUCGGUUCGGACCCUCUUCAGCUCGACGUUGACUUGGCUGUCUUCACAACGAAGAAGGUUGUGAAGUGGUACGACGAGCUUCUGUCCUUGUGCAAGGUUGCGGUGCAAUCUCAAGGCACCGAGAGCCGAGUGGACAAGGCGAUCACCCUUGCUAAUCAGCUGCAAGUAGCGUCUGAACGGGCAAACGCCGCAACAGACAGUAUGUCGGCCACAUCCGAGUCCGCGUCUGAGAAGACUCUCUGCGGAAAGAAAGACUGGGGGUUAGGCAAGGUGACUGUUGUCGAAAUUGAGGAUGUUAGAGAUUCGGCGAGCUACGAGGACCGAAAGGAGUUGGCGCAGCCUAGCAAGGAAAGAUGGUGGAGAAGAGUGCUUCAGUCGUUCGUCAUCAAAGUCAGGGAAUCGAAUCGCCAACGGCAACAGCACGCGGCGAGCAAGUUGGUACGCCGUUCGUUGGAGAUCAGCCGCACAAGGACCGAGUUGAGCAAAAGCGUUGUCGAGUUCAGCGCUGAAGUCGACCAAUUACGGCUGCUAGCCAGAGGUUUCAUUCUACAACUGAAGCUGCAGACCAAAUGGCGUCAAGUCCAGGCAGUGGCACAGCGGCCUGGGGUGACCAUGGUUGAGGUCAGCAAAGUGACGACUGUCAACAUUGAUCACUUGUCGUGUGAGCGGCGGCGGACGCAGGCGAUCCGGGAGAAAGUGAGCAAGUUGAACCAGGCAGACGAAGCCAUGAUGCAAGGUGCAAAAGAGAUAUUGGGGCGUAGCAAGAAGUUGAACAAGGAGCUCAAGAGCUUGCACACGGACCUGAGAAAGCAUGCCUAUCGGUACGAAUCCAGGACAAGUUUGGAACAGCGUGGGACACUUUUUCGGUGCGGGUGA